AAAAGAUUGCAAUAGGUUUAAGGAUCAAAUGAAGAAGGAUUUGGACAAUCGUAAAAAACAUUCAUAUACUUUAAAAAAUACAACUGCUAAAGUUGUAAAUUAUGAGAACAUCGACAACGUUAUUCAUCCUAAAUAUGAGAAGUUAAAAACUCGACUAUCCGAGCUGGAAAAAGCAAAAGUGACAAACCGAAAUUUCAUAAAUCAGAUCAAUGCCGAACAAAUGCGGCAAAAUGUUAUGAUUAUGUCAGGAACAUAUUUAAGAGGUGGAGUGAUGAACGAUUCAAUAGAAAACAUUCAACACGCAGCGAAAAGUCAACAAGCUUAUCCUAUUCAUUCAGCGCCACCGAGAGAACCAGAACCGACAUUUCUAAAAAUACCUCCACCUCCUCCACCACCAUUUAAGCCUCUGCAAGCAAAAUGUGAACUGCCUAGUCAAUUUCCAAAAUAUGUAAUCAAUACAGAAUUGUUGAAGUCUAUGGCUAAACAAUUAAGGAAACCUGAUGGUGAUAAUAUAAGGAAAAUUCCAAGGCGAAAGGAUAUGAUAAUUCCUACAAAAGUCACACAAACUGCUGAAGAAGAUGCUUCUAUAUAACCACCAGCUCUUUCGUUGACAGUUAUGAUUUCAAAGCUACCUGUAUUUUGUUCAGAAUAACUAACGCUUUUGGUAGCAUAACAGAACCGGAAUCACCUUAAAAGUCUAGCUUAAGAGUUUAGCACAAUCAGAAAUUUCAUUAUAAUUAGUAAAGUCUGCGUCACUUUUUUUUUUUUUUUUGAUGAUGUUCAUCCGGUACUUAAAACGCACCAAUUAUCAAUAUUAUCUCCAUUCAUAGAUCAGCUCACUAAAUUACACAUCCUUCAUAUAUUUGAU